UGUACUGUACUUGAGGGUAACGUUACGUCGAGCACUCUCUGACAUGUCUGAAAUUGGGUUAGAAAUGAGUAUUGCCGUGUAUGGCAUUUAGAUUGAUAGUUUCCUGUAAAUCAGUCACUUCUCUAGCUCCAGUUCGGAAAAGUUGGACAAGUCUUGAAGUCUCUUUGUCAGAGUUUAAGAAGUGGAAAUUGAAGUUGGUAAGAUCUCAACACCAGCAACUCAGAUCGCGCAACCUGUACUUCAGAUCGAGCGCCAGAGAAACGAGUUUAUGUUUAUCGGCCGUGGCAAUCAACUCCCGUGUAAUUCACACCACCAUGGCGUCUUGCCGAAGACCGGAGCACAAGGCUCCCCCAGAGAUGUUUUACAACGAAGAAGAAGCAAGAAAGUACACAUCAAAUUCCAGAAUGAUAGAAAUUCAAAUGACAAUGUCAGAGCGUGCAGUAGAACUUCUCAACCUUCCAGAGGACACUCCGUCAUACGUAUUGGAUGUAGGCUGUGGGUCAGGCCUGAGUGGUGAAACUUUAACGGAGCAGGGACAUUACUGGAUGGGGCUUGACAUCAGUACAAAUAUGCUAGAUAUUGCCUUAGAGCGGGAGGUGGAAGGGGACUUGUUUGUGAGCGACAUGGGUCAGGGUGUUUUCUUCAAACCAGGAACUUUUGACGGCGUAAUCAGCAUUUCAGCACUUCAGUGGUUAUGCAACGCUGACAAGAAGUCCCAUCAUCCACCCAAGAGGCUGUAUAGGUUUUUCUGUACCUUGUAUAGUGCAAUGAGACGCGGCAGCCGCGCCGUUUUUCAGUUCUACCCUGAGAACUCACAACAGUUGGAACUCAUCACGUCCCAAGCAAUGAAAGCCGGUUUCACUGGGGGUGUUGUGGUGGACUACCCGAACAGCACUAGGGCGAAGAAAAUGUUUCUGUGUCUCUUUGCUGGGCUGGCAAAUCCACAGAUUCCGAAGGGCCUCGGGACUGGGAAAGGGGACAGGGGCAUCCCCACCGAGGUGAAGUACAGCGACAGCAGGCAGCGAAUUAAGCAGAUGAAAGGCAAACCCCCCAAGAAGAGCAGGGAAUGGAUAAAGGAGAAGAAGGAGAGGAGGCGUCGGCAAGGAAAAGGGGAUGUCAAACCAGACUCCAAAUACACUGGUAGGCGGAGACCGGGAAAAUUCUGAGGGCGGCUUGCAAGUAUGGCACGGCAAGACACAGAAUAAUCAGUGAUCGUUUGAAAUUACAGUCCAGUGACCUUCAUAUGUUGAACAUGUAGUAUAGCACAAGAGCACCCUAUAGAUGAAACAACACGUUUGCUUUGGCUCAAAAGUUUACUGUAAAUUUGAUGAAAUAUUUUAAAUUGUGGUUCGUUUGAGAUGCCACUGUUAGGGCUGAGAUUUAUAUACAAGUAUUUCGCGAGAGUAGUGCGACCCCACAUACAGUAUAAAAAAUCUUGUGUCAAAAGAAAAUCCUAAUUGUGCUGAAGUCACUAUAAAACCUUUCCAUGUUUUGCCACAUACAUGUAUAUUCUUCAAAAAGCAGAAUUGGAAAUGUAAAGUGAACUAGUAAUUUUUGCAUCAUUAAUUCUUUCUAACAAAAGCCACUAGAAAUGUCAGUUUCUGAUGUGGAUUAAUGUCCAAAAGUCAAUUCAGUUGCUGACUCUGCCUCACAUCCAAAUAUGUGCUGUUUUGGCAUCGUCUGACAUCCACAGUUCUGACAUGACCUGACAUCUGUAAUGUCAGUUUUUGGCAUGACCCGACAUCCAAAGUGUCAUUAUCUGGUCUGGCCUUUCAUUCAAGACAGCAGAUUGAAGAGGUUCACAGAGAUGGAUAAUCAUUGGCAGAAGUGCAAAUGAUCUAUUAAGAAUUACGUGAUUGGUCUGCAAGACUUGAUCAGGAAUUUGUUUAGAUUAAUAUGUGUGAUUGAUUCUUGUGAAUGUUUUCAUUCACUACCAGUUCACAGCCUAUCACUCUUAACCCAUGUACCCUUGUCAAAUCUCAUGAAGUGUCAGUGUAAUCCUAAAUAGUUCAAAAAUUCUGAAUUGAAUAAACUUUAUGGCUGUU